AUAGGAAAUUUCAAAAGGAGAGUGUAAAAAAUGCUUUGAAACGAUUUCACGAAAUUUGACAGCUGAACCUUAUUAACUGGAGCCUAAAAUUGACGGAAUAUCUCUUAAAGUGGAUUUAAACGUGAAUUUAAAAAAAGUAAAAAGGACACAUUUGUUUCAGAUUGGACAACAUGAAGAAACUCCUGUGUGUAGUAGAAGCUUUGAUACUUGUGUCGAUCAUCUCUGAAACGUAUUGUUAUGGAGGAGAGGAGAGCGUUUAUCAGCAGAUAGCGAAAGCUCUUUGGCAGUUACAGAUGAAAGGGGAUAUAAACACAGCUUUAGGGAAAACAGAAGUAUGGAAUUCAAACAUACAAAGAAAUGUCCCACCUAACCCUCCACGCCAUCUGAUACAGUUAGCUGACACACAAGUGAUGGGGCCUACCACGGUAAAACCAACCACAAAUAAGAUCAAGAGGGCAGCUUUCGCCCGCAGAGCCAUUGAACGCCAAGUCACUAGCCGCCCCACACAACCAAUUUCUCAACCGAAAGAUCAGGACAAAAUUUCUCCCGACAGAAUCUAUUCGAACAAAAUGAACAGGAACACAGCAAGAGGAUAUGGCAGUUCACUGACAAAGCUAAUUGCGAAGAAGAUUAAGUUCAACCCUCCUCCUGAACCCAAACUUUCUUCUGAACAAAGCAUAGACAGAAUUUUAGGACAAAUAUCCCAAAAUAGGAACACCAACAUUCCCAAGAAUUUCAUACCAGUUUCUUCAACACCUACCAUUAAUACCCCGAAGCUUAUAAACACACCGCAAUCAGUGGUUAAAAACAACAUUAAGCCAUCACAAUCAGCUUUUGCCAGGAAAGUCAAUAGUAUCCCUGUCAUUGUGAUUCAGCAAACGAAGGAAUCGGAUCUACCAUCGCCAUCUUUUUCUAUCGUUGCUCCAAGUUUGGGACGAUCACCUUCAUCCUUCAGAUUCAGCAACAAAGAAGUAUCUAACAAUCAACUGAGUGACAAAAAUGGUUUUGAAGACAAGUCCGGCUUCGGAAAUGACUUCAAGGAUUUCGAAAUCAAUGAUGUUCCACAAAUUAUCGUUGAAGAGACACCAACAACGUCAAGCUCUGUUAUUGUGAAAGAGCAAGAAGUUAUUCCAAAGAUUAGUCAGAAAUCUUGGGUGAAGACCAAACCAGCUAUCAGGCCUCUCCAACAUGCUGUUGAUAUCAUUCCAAACCAAUUUAUAACACCAACAGUAUCAACCAAACAACCGACAUUUUCGACAGAAGGACCAAAUAAAACACAACACAUUAGUACAAGCCAAGACCAAAGCCAUUCACAGAACAAAGUGAACCAAGUUUCAAGUGCAAAUCACCUCGAAAAUUCUAAUGAUACCAAAGUCUCUAGAUCAGACAUUGCAAUAAAAGAUGCUCCUCGUAAUAAAAAUCCACACUCUAGACCUGGUGUUCAGGCAGCAGGAAUUAUAAAACAAGAAACAAGAAAACCACAAAUCCAAGUCGUACAAGUCCAACAGUUAAGACCUGUCACAGUCUCACGAGACGUGACAACAAAGCCAAAACCAAACGACAUCACAAAAUCGAACAAAGUAAAAGAUCAAGAAUUCCCAGUAGAUCCAACUACUCCUCUAUUCACAGACCAAACUACAACAACAGCAAAACCAGUUAAAGCGAUAAUUUCCAGUGGUUCAUCUCAAGGACCUCAACAAGGAAGUAGAGGAAUAUCCAGAGGAUCUUUCAGGGGUAUUCGUCCUAACACUAGAGGUGUUCGACCGAGUGGUAGAGGAGUUUCAAUGUCGAGGGGAUCUGCAAGAGGCAGACGACCCAUCGGGACUGGGAGACCGGUUUCAGGAAGAACUAUAAAUAUCCCCAAAACGCCAAUAUCCCUGUCGGAAACUGAAAUGCACAUAACUGAGUCACCUAUUCAGCAUAUUUCAGUAACUGUGACAGAUUCUACAACUCCACUAGCAACACGUCCCAUCACAAAACCAACUACGACAACAGCAAAACCCACAACAGAAAGUAUGCCAAGGAUUUCUCCACAGGAACCUCAACAAGGGAUGACCAGAGGUUUUUCCACUGGAAACUUUAGGGGUAUUCGUCAUAACAGUAGGGGCAUUCGACCAAAUGGAAGAAGAGGUUCUGUUUCGAGGGGGUCUUCCAGAGGCAUUCGUCUCAAUGGUAUUGGAGGUACAGUUUCUAGAGAUUCUAUAAAUAUUCCUAAGCAAAUAUCACUACCAACGUUAAUGGUAACUGAGAUGAAUUCAAAAUCAAGAACUAUCCAAACAUCGACACCACCAUCAAUAACUGAAUCGACCACGCGACAGCUUCCAGCCAUGGACACAGCACAGUUUGCAAGGAGGCGUAGACCAGGACGCGUGGUAGUGAGCAGAGGUAAUAUAAUAGAUAGCAACAGAAACGAAAAUCCACGACGCGUUGUCAUUAAUGAAAGGGUCCAAACAGACACAACUGCCAAUGAACACACUUCGAGUUUAACAACUACCACCACCACCACCUCAACGGAACAACCACCGAUAAGCACCACCAGAAGUAUUGCUGUCACCACCAACAGAUCAAGGACGCGUAGACCAGGAAUGAUGUCUCCGGAAGAAAAGAGAUUAGCUUUAAGAAAUUUCCAAGGAUAAAGGAUAAAACCCCAACCCCCUGUAAGUGGAUACAGAAAUCCAGCUUUGACACAAAGCCAUGCUGUGCAAUAUGUACCCCACCAGAGAAAUACACCAGAGCGAAGUUAGAACGUUCACCAUAAUGACUGAUUGGCUUGAUGAUUCGAAUCAAUCAACAAUAGAUUGUCUCAUCUUUAUUUUUAACUUAUUUAUCGCACCUGUUCACUUUUGAUAAUAAAACUGAGUUUUCUCGGAGACAA